AUGUCGGCCGGCGCAUACGAUCGACACAUUACCAUCUUUGCCGACAAUGGUCGGCUUUACCAAGUUGAGUAUGCCUUCAAGGCAAUCACAGCUGCCAACAUCAUGUCUAUUGGUGUGAGGGGCAAGGACUGUGCUGUUGUCUUGUCUCAGAAGAAGGUUCCCGACAAGCUCAUGGACCCUGAUUCCGUCACCCACAUCUUCCAGCUCUCUCCCUCAGUCGGUUGCGUCAUCACAGGAUCCAUCGCGGAUGCCCGAGCUUUCGCUCAAAGAGCUCAGGGCGAGGCUGCUGAGUUUCGAUACAAGUAUGGUUACGAGAUGCCAGCUGAUGCCCUGGCCAAGCGUCUUGCCAACAUCAGCCAAGUCUACACUCAGCGGGCUUAUAUGCGACCUUACGGCGUUGCGACCACACUGAUUUCGCUCGACUCGGAAUACGGCCCCCAACUGUUUAAAUGCGACCCUGCUGGAUACUACAUUGGUUACAAGGGAACCGCGGCUGGCCCGAAGCAACAGGAGGCGCUGAACCACCUCGAGAAGAAGCUCCGCAACAAGGACCAUGCGGAGGGUUCUUGGGAGGAGGUAGUUGAGCUUGCCAUUACGACAUUGAGCACAGUUUUGAGUAUGGACUUCAAGAAGGGGGAGAUCGAGAUUGGUAUCGUGGGUGGUCCCCGACCUGAUGGUGAAGAGGGAACCUACUCGGGCUUCAGAACAUUGACCGAGGAGGAGAUUGACGACCGAUUACAAGCUAUUGCAGAGAAGGACUGA